CUGGUGAGAUCAAUGGACUACGGACCGCCGGGUUUAGCUGGCUACUGGUAAGGUGACCCAUUCCUUCUUACAUGUUCCGGACUGCCCGUACCCUCUGCUGGGCCGUGACCUGCUCACCAAACUAAAAGCACAAAUUCAUUCUCAGGAAAGAGGGGCCCGAAUAACUGGCCCCCACGGAACUCCCCUUCAAGUUCUAUGAAUAUAGACUAUAUGAACUGGGACAGGACAAGCCACAAUCCCUAGAAAUAGACACUUGGGUCACGAAUUUUCCACUGGCUUGGGCAGAGACUGGUGGGAUGGGGUUGGCACUCCAACAGCCCCCCUUAAUUACACAGUUAAAGGCCACUACAACUCCAGUCUCCAUAAAACAAUACCCCCUGUCACAUGAAGCUUAUCAAGGUAUAAGGCCUCACAUUAGGAGGCUUCUAGAUCAAGGCAUCCUAAUCCCCUGCCGGUCGCCUUGGAAUACGCCUCUUCUGCCUGUUAAAAAAACCCGACACUGGAGAUUAUAGGCCAGUACAAGACUUGAGAAAGGUCAACAAGAGGAUAGAAGAUAUUCAUCCGACUGUUCCAAACCCUUACAAUUUGCUCAGUAACUGUUCAUCGAUGAGAAACAGGGGUAUGCUAAAGGGGUCCUAACACAAAGGUUGGGACUCUGAAAACGCCCUGUGGCCUACCUGUCUAAGAAAUUGGACCCUGUGGCCUCCGGCUGGCCACCGUGCCUAAAGAUGGUGGCUGCUAUUGCUGUCCUGAUCAAGGACGCUGGAAAAUUGACUUUGGGACAGCCACUCACCAUCCUAGCACCCCACGCAGUGGAGGCCUUGGUAAAGCAGCCCCCAGACCGCUGGCUCACUAAUUCUCACACCAAGCCUUGUUACUGGAUGCAGAACGGGUUCAGUUUGGGCCCGUAGUCGCCCUCAAUCCUGCCACCUUGCUUCCUCUACCAGAGGAGACAAAACAGCAUGACUGCCUACAAAUCCUCACAGAAGUACAUGGAACCAGGCCGGACCUAUCGGACCAGCCUCUUCAGAAUGCUGACCACACAUGGUACACGGAUGACAACAGCUUCUUGACAGAGGGAGAGUGAAAGGCUGGAGCUGCGGUCACUACGGAGGACAAAGUGAUUUGGGCGAAAGCCCUGCCUGCUGGUACCUCCGCACAACGGGCUGAACUCAUCGCCUUGACUCAGGCGCUCAAGAUGACAAAAGGACACCAGAAAGGGCACAACCCAGAGGCACGAGGAAACCGGCUGGCCGAUGCCACGGCGAGAAAAGCGGCCAUGAGCAAACAAAUCUUGCCCUUAAAUAGCCCAGACCAACCCACGCCCCCACCAGUGGGACAAACCAGUUGGGUUUAUGCCCAUGAGGACAUAGAGCUCCUAGAAAAAAAUGGGGGCCAUCUACCACCCUCAACUAAAACAGUGGGUCUACAAAGGACUUUUGAAUUGAUCUCCUUUUUACAUAAGAAGAUAAAAACCUUACUAGAUCGAGAAGAGAUAAAUCUGUGUUUUUUUUUGAAUUGGGACAAAGCGAUACAAAAGGUGACUGAGAGUUACAAAGCGUGCGCUCAGGUUAACCCGGGAAGGACCAGGAUUGGACAAGGAGUUCGUCCUAGGGGACACCGUCCCGACAUCCAUUGGGAAAUUGAUUUUACUGAAAUUAAACCAGGUAUAUAUGGAUACAAGUAUCUCCUAGUGUUUGUAGACACCUUCUCAAGAUGGGUCGAAGCCUUCCCCACAAAGCACGAGACUACAAAAAUGGUCACCAAGAAGCUCCUCGAGGAAAUCUUUCCCAGGUAUGGCAUGUCUCAAGCGUUGGGGUCGGACAACGGGCCCGCUUUCGUCUCCCAAGUAAGUCAGUUGGUGGCCAAAUUGUUGGGGAUUAAUUAAAAAUUACAUUGUGCCUAUAGACCCCAGAGUUCAGGUCAGAUAAAACACAUAAAUAGAACAAUUAAGGAGACUUUAUCCAAACUUACGCUUACAACUGGCUCAAAGGAUUGGGUGGCCCUCCUUCCCCUAGUUCUAUAUCGGGCCCGGAAUACCCCGGGCCCCCAUGGUCUAACUCCUUUUAAAAUAAUAUAUAGAGCACCACCCCCAUUUGUCCAUUUCUUUGAUUCAAACAUUGCUGAUUUUGCUGACAGCCCUUCUCUGAGGGCCCAUUUACAGGCCCUACAGAUUGUACAGAGAGACGUCUGGAGACCUUUGGCUGCUGCUUACCAGGACGAGCUUGAGCAUCCGGUGGUGCCACACCCGUUCCAGAUUAGAGACACCGUGUGGGUGCACAGACACCAGACCAAGAAUCUCGAGCCACGGUGGAAAGGACCCUACACCGUCCUCCUGACUACCCCGACCGCCCUAAAGGUAGACGGAGUCGCGGCUUAGAUCCACACAUCACACGUCAAGACAGUCCGGUCUGAGGAAUUACAACACUACACCCCAGACAUGGAGAGUUCAGCACACUCCAAACCCCUUAAAGUUAAAACUCCUACGUGGCUCCUCCUAGUCCUUUUGUGGCCUAGAGUCAGUGGGGGAAUAAGCCCCCACCAGACAGAAAUUUCUUGACCAAGUCGAGUGAAAGAUUUCACUCAAAGUUAACAAAAAAAAAAUGGGGGAAUGAAAGACCCCAGCUUAGCAGCAGUAACGCCAUUUUGCAAGGCUGUACUUAAGAUGACUGGUUCAGGGAAAGGUUAGAACACUGAGUACACAGCGGCUGCCAAACAAGAUGUGUUUGGUUGAAGGCCUGGCAACAGGAGGACUGCCGUUGAACACCUGACAAUGAGAAAAGCCCCGGGAGAGGUCCCACACCCUGGUGGGGGGCCGAGUCAGCCGUUAUGUUCCAAGAAGGUAGCUAAGAAACUUGCCCCCGGGCUGAACCCUUGGGGGGCCGAGUCAGCCGUUAUGUUUCAGGAAGGUAGCUAGGAAACUUGCCCCCGGGCUAAACCCUUGCCAUAUUAGAAUCCACCAAUUAUAUCCCUGUAACCAUGCAUCUGCUUCUGUAUGCUUGCUUCUGCUCCCCAAAAUCCUAUAAAAGCCCAUCCUUGGUUCUGUGGGGCGCGCCAGUCCCCCGAGUGACUGAAGCGCCCGCAGGUGCCUGUGCCUGUGUAUCCCGACAAUAAACCAAAUCCUCUUGCUGAUU